ACGGAGAUUCUGAUUGUGACCUUCCUUACGUGUCCCAUACAUGGCAAUUGGGAUCUUGAUGAACCCGCUCCGCCGAGCAAGCAAGAUCUGGACCCACGUGCGAACAUUGCCAUCGCCAGGAUGAACUGGCUUCACGACCGAUACAACAUCGCCGGCUUUGUUUUCUGGUCGGAAAUCGGUCGCCGAAUGGGAAUCCAUUCCAUCCCGGCCACGCUCGAUGAGCUGCGGGCUUGGAGCGAAGACUACGAAGCGCGCGCCAUGGUUCCGGCGGAUAGCAACCUGGUGGUGGUGGAGGUGACCAUGGGCGAGCUCCAGAGGCAGAUGCACGUAUCGAAGCCGCUCCGACCGUUCGCGCAUCGUCUGGUCAUCACCGUGCUCAACGAGCACACGAGAAUCGCGAUGAUGCAACCUGCGCAGCCGUGGUACUUGCAUCUGAUCACGAAGGCCGUGCUUAACGGUGCGAUGCUCUUCCAGCGCUACGUUUUCCUUCCCCGCAUCUACCCUCUCCCGCUCGUUCCUCUCGAGGUUCCCGACGUGAAACAUGACGAGGUUGCGCGCAUGCAUCCCACUAGGUGGGCGAGCAAACCGUGGUAUAAGCCGCAACGGUCCGGUCUGGCCGGUUUCAUGGACUGGCUGCUCGUCUGUCUCCAUCUCGUCGACGCGGAACAUUUCACGCCUGCGGAGAAGUACAAGAAGGAGGUGUAUCAGCUCCAUGAGAUCGGUCCACUCUCACUGGAGAAAGUCGGCCAUGAGGAGGUGAUGCGGAGAGCUGGUGAUAUGUUGGGUUGUCCGAUACCUGCUAUAUGGGCUGCGGGUUCCUGGGGUAAGCGUUCUCAGACAGUGGCUGCGUGUUAGAUUUCUCUGCUCUAAUGAACAUGAUUCUACAUACCCACCACCCAGACCCGGAACACGUCAAG